AUGGCGUUACAAGAGCGACCGGACUCGGGGUCCUCAGUUAUUGGCGUUGAUGUCUCGACACACCGGUCGUUGAUAGCUGCAAGCGGAGCGGCCUUGAACUUUGCUGCAAGCUUCCACCGAGACUCUCAAGCUUGUCGUGGCACGAGAGAGCGACAACGAAUCUACGAGAUCUACCGGGAUAAAAUUCUCACCAUCGAUGGCAUUGCGGCAAAUGUCGCCGCCGCGUUUCUCCCUGUGCUCAGCACCGCACGCAACUCCAAUGGCGAGGAUGGCAAGCGUUGGAGUGACUUUGAGCGGCUGGCACAGCGCGGAAAGAACAUGCGAGACCGCGAGAGCCAACAUUUACAACAUCAGUCAGGCAUAAUUGCGGCGUGGGGCCUCGAAUGUUUCGAUUAUUACGGAUGGCAUGCCCUGCCACUGCCACUGCUUCGACAGCUCCAUGACCUGGCUGUAUUAGUGCCGCGAUGGGAAGAUGUUGUUGACCUGCUCAACUCCAAGAUGUUGGCAAGACACGAGCUUCGGGUCCUGGGCGGCAAGAACAAGGCUCUCAGGGUUGGUGAACACUCUGCAGCGUCCAAAGUACAGGCUUCUCACUCCCCAGUUGAGCGAUCCGAUAUACUGGCUGCUCUGGAAUGGGCUCAGAAGAAAGCCAAUUCCACGUCUGCACUCCAAGAUAUUAAGAAGCUGGCACGUCGCAUCAAUGGAUCCCCUAUUCGGAAGUAUGGUUUGAAGCUUGACAUUUAUGGUAUGGUUGUGCCGGACACGGACAAAAACACAGAGGACAAAAUCGACGAGAAGGAUGAAGAAAAGAGCAGUGAAAGCGACCAACAGGAACUUGCCACACGGCCUACUAAGCGUACUAGGCUAUCUUCCGCUCGCCAUUCAUCUUCCGUCCCUCCAGACACUUCUGUAACCUACAGUGUCUACAAAAGUCGUUCUCAAGAGGGUGGAAGCACCAUACUUUCCGAAAAGAAGUUAUCUAAUCUUGAACCUAUGGAUGCAGAGGAAUCUGAAGAGUUGGAAGAUUCGGAAGUGGAAUCAGAAACUCAGUCCGCGAGGAACAUGUCGACCAGUAGCCGCUAUUUAGUCACAGAGGAUAUGCACAUUGACCAAGGAAAAGAAACAGGCAAGUCUCACUCGCCGAGUUUGUAUUCUACGACGGAUAUGAGAAGAUCAUCUGCCAUCAGCGGCGUUCCUGGAAAUUCUGCACUGGAUGGUACGAGCGCCCACAGCGAUGAGGAUGAGACAUCCAGUCUUUCUUCCUGGUCAGAGGAUAACGAGGCGAGGGUAUCCGAAGAUGACGAGCAAACAAGAGUCACAACUGGACUGGAAUCUUCGGAAAAUAGGAUUGUCCAACAAAAAGAGACCGAGACAGAGGCAAGAAUGCUGCUUCCUUCAGCCACUGAAGUCACAGUGGAGAAAGAGAGCAGAGUCUCAGGCAACAGCCGUGGCUCAGAAUGCGACGCACAGCGUAUUCGCGGACUGGAAAUACAACAUGAACAGACAUCGGAAGCACAACACAUGGAAACGAACCUCGAGAUGCUUGUAGCAACAACAUCCACAUUUUCGGGACAGAACCAGAAACAAAGAUUAUCACCAUCUGUUGGUCUGGUAUCACGCACAUCAACACCUUCCAUAGUAGAUUACGCAGUUGCUACUUCCAAUAUUGCCUCAGAUUCGGCCAUGCGGCUAGGACGUCAAAAGCCUUUUACGAAUCCAAGUGGUGAUGGCAGCGAUGGAGACCAGCUGGCAGCAGCACCACUACGACCAAUUCCAAGUUCUACCGAAAACAAUUUACCCCCGCAGAGGCGGCCGACUCUGCUUCAAACUCUGCAAGCUCGCCACGGUGAUACGGUUCAUCGGUUUGUGGAGAAUUUGCGCCGGCCGCACGGCUCUGAGGAGAUUGCUCAUCAACGCCGUCUACAGUUGGAUUGGCUGGCCCCUCAACGCUGGGCCAGCAUUUACGCCGAACCUGAAUCUCUUCUCGGAAGAAGCUGUGUGUCAACUCCAGAGGAUGCCGAUGUAUGCUAUCUGGGCUGGCAGGCGUUCCGAAGCUAUGCUGAGAAGGGCUACAUCUUCCGCCAGCCCGUGGUGAUCAAACAGGAGUUUCAGGAUAGUGGCACCUACGAUAUUGUCGACUAUGUUGAUAUGCUUUGGCAACGUUUUCCAAAGCAGCAAGUCGAUGUCCAAAACAGCAUGACAGGCGCGUGUUCUUCGAUGAGCCUGGCAAAAUACUGUUUGGCCGUCGCUAAUACAGACCUGAGAUCUUCAGAUGCUGCGGCCGCCAUUAGCAGUGUCACCAACCUCCGCCGUCUGGCGCGAGCGGACGAGCCACUCCUCAGCAGGCUGCCGCGCUUUCGGCUACUCUCAACACUAGCUGAUCGCGUCGGCGGUACUGUGGGUAGAAACGGACACUUGAUUCCCUACGACGUCCAAGGUUGCUUAGGCUUCAACCUUCUUUCCUUCGUUGGCGCUUUCUCUGGGUCGCAUGUAGACCCACUGGUAGGAAGUUGGACACGAUGUCUAUCAGGGGUGCAAAUCGCGGCGGUUGCCACUGAUCUUAGCCUUGAUGACUGGCGACGAUUCUCGACGGAGGGUCGCGGUUGGUCACCAAAGGAACAGGGACGUUUGAUCGUCCUUGAGCAGGACGAUGUUUUGUUCAUGCCGCCUGGUUUGCGCGUUGUACGUGCCACCUUUGCGCCGGAGCCUUGCCUGAUGGAAGGCGGGAUGCUAUGGGACGAAUGCACCGUUCCUGAAAUUCUAGAGGGGCUUCUCUGGGUUGUCGAAAAUCAUGCUUGCGUCGACGAGUCUAUACAUGUGGCCUUUCAACUACUGCCCAUUAUUGAUGCAUUGGAAAAGUGGCUAGACGAUAAAAACUACGUUGGCCGACCUACAAGCCAGCUCACUGCUGCCGAGCAGUACCAGACAGUCAAAGAUGGUAUUCAGUUGCUGCGGGCCUUGAUUCGACAGUCUGCAUAA